UCUGCUAAAUGCAUUUUAUAUCUUCAAAACGCAGAGGCAGCUAAGGUAGUCUCUGACUUUCUGCCCUUGCUUUCCUCUCUUGUUUCUCCCGAUUACUCUCCUUCGUGUUGAUUUGACUCAGUGGAAAAGCAGUUAGGUGGUGCGAAGAUGAGUCGUGGAGCAGCAUCUGGACCCAAGGGGAAGAAGAAGGGAGCGUCGUUCACUAUCGACUGCGCAAAGCCGGUGGAGGAUAAGAUCAUGGACAUCGCCUCGCUGGAAAAGUUCCUCCAGGAAAGGAUCAAGGUCGGUGGCAAAGCCGGUGCUCUUGGCGACUCCGUCACUCUCACCCGUGACAAAAGCAAAAUCACCGUCACCUCUGACGCCAACUUUUCUAAGCGGUAUCUUAAGUACUUGACUAAGAAGUACUUGAAGAAGCACAAUGUCCGGGAUUGGCUUCGGGUGAUUGCUUCCAACAAGGAUCGUACUGUUUAUGAACUCCGCUACUUCAACAUUGCUGAGAAUGAGGGGGAGGAGGAAGAGUGAAGAAUCAGAUCAGUAUUUUCUCCAGUUCCCUAUCUGGUUUAUUAGUUCUGAGGACCUUGUUUAUCUAUUUCAGGUGUCUAAUUUUUGGACAUGUUUGGGUUGUUUUUUGACCCAAGUUUUUGUUGCCGAUCAUUACAUUUUUUGUUUAUGUAUCAGUCCAUUAGAUGCUAUUAAAAGGAUGCAUAUUUCUUUUGUGAGUUGAUUAUAAGAGCUCUUAACUGAUUUUCCACCUUGGUGUUUCAA